AGUGGCGGGCCCUGGUGCCCGAUGGAAGCCCGUCGGCGCUGCCGGGCGUCGACGCGUGCGCCCUUCGACCCGCGCCGGCCGUCACCGCGCACGGCUGGCUGGCUGUUGUGAGCGGCGGAGAGCAGCAAAAGCAAACGCGCAGCCGGGCACGGCAGGAGCAGUCGGGAUGCGGAGCUGGCGAAAGUAGGACAAAACGAUGACAGCGGCCGCCGAGGGUGCGGGGCCGCCACCCCCGGCCAGGGCCUUCCUCUCCUACCUGCCCAAGCGGCAGUCGCUCGACAUCACCUUCAGGGACGUCUGCUACAAAGCCCUGGCGCUCAGCCUCAACAAGAAACCAGAAAUGAAGAAGAUUUUGUUCGGAGUGUCCGGCGAGUUCCAUUCGGGCCAGCUGACAGCGAUUUUAGGUCCGUCAGGAGCGGGCAAGAGCACGCUGCUCAACAUUCUGGCUGGCUACGUGACUCGAAACGUGACAGGAAGCAUUGAGGUGAACGGCGAGCCGAGGGACUUGAACAAGUUCGGUCGGCAAGCGUGCUACAUUAUGCAGGAGAACGAGCUGCGGCCGCUGCUGACGGCCAGGGAGGCCAUGACCUACGCGGCCAAACUCAAACUUGGCGGUGGAUCGCACGCCCCCAGCGCCAAAGCCAUUAGCUUUCAGAUAAGUGAGAUCUUCGAGACGCUUGGGCUCUCGGAGCACCAAAACACAAGGGCCGGCCUCUUGUCUGGCGGCCAGAGAAGGAGACUGAGUAUUGCCCUAGAACUUCUGAACAACCCCCCAAUUAUGUUCCUCGACGAGCCCACCACGGGCUUGGACAGCGCUUCCUGCGCGCAGUGCAUCGAGCUGUUGCGCUACCUGGCAAGGGGUGGUAGAACGAUAAUAAUCACUAUCCACCAGCCGAGCGCGCGCAUCUUCGAGAGAUUCGACUCGCUGUACGUCGUGGCCGCCGGCAUGUGCAUUUACAAGGGCAGCCCGCAGGCUUUGUUGCCCUUCCUCAACUCCAGGGGACUCGAGUGCCCAGCUUACCACAACCCUGCAGAUUUCCUUUUGGAAAUUGCAUGCGGGGAGCACGGUAGCCACGGUCUGGCGGAGGCGAUCAAGCGGCACGGAUCGGUGGACGUGGCCAUCGCCGAGUCAAGCAACUCGGCCGAACGCGCCCUCGACGAGAACAUCCAGAUCAUCAGCAACCUGCCGAAGAACUCGAUUGAAGACAAAGGCGGCCAGCAGAGCUCGCACUUCAUGCAGUUCUUGCUGCUUUACCUUCGGAACUUGCACAUCCUCUCCAGAGACUUCAAGCCGAUGGCAGUGCGUCUGUUGUGUCACUUGGGCAUCGCCUGGCUGUUUGGCUACCUGUACCGCGGCGUGGGCAACGACGCAAACCGCGUCCUCGCCAACUGGGUCUACAUCUACGGCACAUGUCUCUUCGUCAUGUACACCGGAAAAAUGGCGGUUACCCUGCAAUUUCCGCUCGAGAUAAAAAAUUUAACCAGGGAGCACUUCAACAAGUGGUACUCGCUUGGGCCAUACCUUGGUUCCAUCCUGUGCAUUGAAAUUCCAUUCCAGAUCGUCUGCGCGUUGAGCUACUUAAGCAUAAGCUACUGGAUGACCGGCCAGCCGAUGGAGGCGUCGCGGCUCAUCCCAUUUUUCUUCCUUUGCGUGCUCACGUCCUUUACGGCACAGGCGUUUGGGUUUUUCAUUGGCGCAACUCUACCCGUAACGAUCGCAGUGUUCAUUGGUCCGUCAAUCGGCGUGCUGCUCUCCAUCUUCGGCUUCUGCAUCAUCUGGCGCGACACGCCGUGGAUGUUCAGGUGGCUGUACAAUAUUUCCUACUUCAGGGCCGCCUUCGUCUCGGCCGUGUUCACCCUUUACGGCAACAACCGCGGUACGCUGCCAUGCAAGGAGCUCUACUGCCACUUCAGCUACUCGCGCAAGUUCCUCGCCGAAAUGGACGUGCCGGCGGACACGGACGUCGUUGGCAACAGCCUCCUCGUCGCCGGCACCGGCCUCAUCAUGUACUGCGCCACGUACGCCGCCCUCUGGAUCAAGCUGCACCUCAGGUAGUCAGUCGCCCCUGACGUGCCAAAUUACGGUUGGCUUGGACAUAGUCAAUGAUUAUCUAACUUGGCUGAGUUAAUUUUUUAACUGCCGAAAAAUGAUGAGGAUCGAUGGCUACAAAGGCAGAUUAUUAGACUUUGGGGUUUUGGUCAUUUUUUCCAAUGGCCAUGAUAUAUAAAAAAAUGAUUUUUAUCGGAUAAUCAACCAAAACAUAAAAAAUAGACAUUAUUUUUUGGGGAAAUUAUGCCAACAGUAAAUAAUUAUUGCUUUAGCGCCUGUCAGAAUUUGCUGCGCUCCUAUUCUUUAGGAGAGCAAUCAAGGAAUUUUUAAAUACGAAAGUGUAAAAUAUUUUCCUCUGGGUUAAUGGAGAAAAUCCAAUUAUUUAUCAAAUUUUUAUUUUAUAAAAGAUAGCAAACUGACUGAAAUUCCAGAGUCUAAGAAUCUUUAUUCUGAUUAAAAAUAUCGAUUCUAGUGAAAAACCAAAGAGGACGAUAUCUCUCAGUACUUAAAAAUUAUUUCCAAAGAACGGCCAGAGUUCCGAUAUUUUCCAAAUCUCACUCUCUCAUUUCCUCUUCUCUCAGAGUUUCCAUAAAACUCGUAUUUAGUUUUGUAAUUGUGUUUGUAACGAUUUUAUAUUAAAACAAAUAUAUUUUCACAACGUGUAUACUGUAUUUCUUCAACCGCCGAGUGAACUUGAGCAUUUCCCCUCUUUUUCCCUCAAAGUAUGACUGAAAAAACACCAUGUAGCAUGUACACACACAAUAAUUAUAUAUUUAAAAUACGAAUUGUUGUCCCUGAAACGAGGAUUUUGCUCUUUUCAAGUAGGAAUAAUUGAUGAUUUUUCACUAAAGCAACUCUUUCCCUGCGUAUGCAUGGAACAAUACAAUUGAGUAAAUUCUGAAGCAUAUGAAUUUGAUAGACUGAAAAUAUACCUAUUUGGCGGAGGGUUUUUCAAAUUGAGGUAUGUGAGCGAAAUUUGUGCAUUGCUAAAAACCAUUAUGGUACAACUAAUCCACCCCAUUUGAAAUAAUUGAAUCCAAAGAAGGGAAAUAUAUUUUUGUGACUCCAAAAUGAUUUAAAAUGAACAGAGAAGUGUGAAUCACUAUGGUGCAUGCAUUUUAAAAAAUCUCUUUGUGAUCAUGAUAUACCAAUUGUUAACGUUUAGAAAUAAAAUAUAAUAUAUCCGAGCACGAUGUUAAAAUUCUGUAAAUCUGAUUGUCCUGCGGUUUAUGUUAGAAAAAUAUUCAUUCUGCAAAAAUCAAAAUUAAAACAAAUAACUUAAUUAAUGUUUAUCGUUGCAUUCUCCAGUCUUUUGAUUUUCCAAUCCGUGGAAUGCCUCUAUAGCACUGAAUGUAAUACGUUUUUGACUCUAAUUAAGAAGCAAAAGAUACAAAAAUCGUUCAUAAUUAACUCACUGUUACUGUGAUAAUGUCUGGAUCACCCUAGCUUUUUGGAUUGUAUAGCGAAAACUAAAUUAAAAGUAAUAAAGUGGUAAAUUAACCAGACAGAUCUUUGUUAAAUGAUUUUUGAUCUUUGAUGGCGCCAAUGAUGGAAAUAAAGUAUAUCUCAGAUAAUAA